UACAAACGUGCGCGCGCCCAUUAGGCGCGCAGGCUGUGAUCACGCGACCGUGACGCAACCACACUUCCGCUCAUGCGUUUUCGCGGAACAUCGGCAAAAAACAUGGCGAUGACAAUGAGCCAAAGCGACGUUGAAUUGCAACAGAAAGAAGAGGGAGAGGAGGACGAUCAGUCUAUAUCCAGAUCUGACAGUGGCGAGGAUUCUCUCGAUGGCCUCACAACACAUAGAUGCCCUCUUACACCUUCAUUGUCGCCUCGGAAACGGACCAUCAGCCAGAGCAAAACAGAGCCACCGCUUCUGAGAACAAACAAGAGAACAAUCUACACCGCAGGGCGUCCACCCUGGUACAAUGUUACCGGGACCACCUUUAAAGAAGCCUUUGUCAUAGGUCUUUGUGGAGGAAGUGCCUCUGGAAAAACCACUGUGGCCAAUAAGAUCAUAGAGGCUCUAGAUGUUCCAUGGGUAGUUCUGCUCUCUAUGGACUCUUUCUACAAGGUUUUAAGUAAAGAGGAGCAAGAGUUGGCGGCCAAGAAUGAGUACAAUUUUGAUCAUCCUGAUGCCUUUGAUUUUGAGCUGCUGGUAACUGUGCUGAGAAAACUGAAAAAGGGCAAAAGCAUCAAAGUGCCAGUUUAUGACUUUACUGCCCACAACCGUCGCAAAGAGUGGAAAACCGUCUAUGGUGCCAAUGUUGUGAUAUUUGAGGGAAUUUUAGCUUUUGCCAACAAGGAGCUUUUAAAGCUGUUGGACAUGAAGGUGUUUGUGGACACUGACUCCGACAUCCGGCUGGUCAGGCGUCUGAAAAGGGACAUCACUGAUCGAGGGCGUGAUAUUGCAGGCGUCAUUAAACAGUACAACAAAUUUGUUAAGCCAGCGUUUGAGCAGUACAUUGAACCCACAGUUCAGGUUGCAGAUAUUGUGGUCCCAAGAGGUGGAGAAAACUUUGUUGCUUUGGAUCUGAUUGUUCAGCAUGUUCACAGUCAACUUGAAAAGAGGAAACUCCGCUGGGAUAUAUCUGCCUUGGCAUCGGCUCAUCAGGGCCAACCUCUGCCCAAGACUCUGAGUGUCAUGGAGAGCACCCCACAAGUCCGAGGGAUGCACACUAUUAUCAGGAAUAAAGAAACCAGUCGAGAUGAAUUUAUUUUCUAUUCAAAGAGAUUAAUGAGGCUUCUCAUAGAGCACGCCCUGUCCUUUCUGCCUCUGAAGCCAGUGACUGUUGAAACUCCACAAGGAACUAUAUAUGAAGGGAAGAGGCUCAGCGGAAAGAGGAUCACCGGUGUGUCCAUUCUACGGGCAGGAGAGACUAUGGAACAAGCCUUGAUGGCUGUUUGUAAGGACAUUCGACUAGGAAAGAUCCUCAUUCAGACCAAUCAUGAUACAGGAGAGCCUGAGCUCCAUUACCUGCGUCUGCCCAAGGACAUAAGUGAGGACUAUGUUAUACUGAUGGACAGCACUGUGUCAACAGGGGCAGCAGCGCUCAUGGCUGUCAGAGUCUUACUUGAUCAUGAUGUCCAGGAGGACAAGAUAUUCCUGCUAUCAUUACUCAUGGCUGAGAUGGGUGUCCACUCUGUGGCAUAUGCCUUUCCUAAAGUCCGCAUUAUCACCACUGCUGUGGACAAGAAUGUCAACGAUGAGUUUCACAUCAUUCCAGGAAUUGGUAAUUUUGGGGACCGUUACUUUGGGACUGAUGCUCCAUCAGACUGGUAUGAAAGUGAUGAUGGAAUGGACUACUGAAUAUCAUUGCGACUGUGCAUUUGCAUGCAUCAGAAAAGGGAACAUUUAAUCACUUAAAUCUCAUCUAAUUGUGGACCCAUUGACCUGCCCGAUACAAGCGUAACAUUUUGACUCCAUGCUGCCGGUUUGCUUUGUGCUACAUAGGGUUCGAGGCAUCAUCUGACCUCCCAAAAAGCAGAGAUUAUUGUUCUUUAACUUUCCUAGAAGUGCCCUUAUGACCGGAGAGCAAUGCUAGUGUUAAGUUGUAAUAAUAAUAAUAAUAACUGCAUCUUUUUAGAUCACAUUACUACUUGAACUAGGUAAUGAUGGAGUGGAAUGCUAACAGGACACUCCACCAUUUUCUCGUUGGUAUAUUUGGAAUGGUAUAGGACCAAACUACUUGUACUAUUAUGCUCAAUAGUAUGAGUAUAUAGUUUAUAUGCUGUGUAGAUUGCAGUAUAUAUUACUUUAGUAUGUGAUUGCAAACAACACAAACUGUAUUUGCCUAUGUUUAUUAACUACUUUCAUGUCUAAAUGACUUCAUAUAGCAUUUGUAUUGUCCAGGAUGAGAAGCACAUUUCCAUGUGCCUGCAUUGUAGGGCUUCAUUUUAGCUUGUUUAUAAUAAUGCAGCUAAACUAUAGAAUAUGCAUAAAUGUUACUAGCUUGAUAGUAGCCCAUGCACAAACAGGACAUUUUAAGAUUUGGGUUGCACAUACAAUGUUUGCAUAUCAGUGUUUAAAGCAAUGCUGCAAUUCUCUAGGACAGCAACUGCUCAUAAAUGAUACACGUACUGUAUACAUUUAAUUUUGAUUUUUUUCCCAAUUGAUUAAUGUAUUGACGCUUGUUACAUGUUGAGUGACACAAUAAGUAUCUAUUUGUUAGUGUUUGUGUAUUUGAAAAUGUGGGAAUUAAAUACUGAAAAGAGACUUUUGUUUAGAGUAAAAUCUUAAGUCCAAAGCAAAAAUAUUUUCCUCCCUUCAUUGGUUUUAGUAUGCAUUAUGGUGCCACAGAGGGGAACAAAAUAAGGUUUAUAGUUUAUUCUACAUUGCAGCCAUUUUCCAGGUUAUAUACUUGAAUUUUAAAGUGUAGAUAAUGCAUAUUUAUUUCUCACUAGUUUUCUUGCCAAGUCUGAUUAAUUUAAGGUUUAGACCAAUUUUCAAAGGCAUAGGCAUAAAUAUUAGAGAAUGUUUUGGAGGUUUGUAAGCAGCAAUUUGAACCAAAUUAGCAUUUCUCCCUAGUUUUCACUGUUACAUGUCAUCUAAUGCAAAUAGUGCUGUUUCUUUCUUUUGUAAAGCCUGAUAGGAGUAUAAGAAUUGUGCCAAUAUGCAUCCAGCAAACUUUGAUGCACUUACAUGUUAUGUGAACAAGUAGUAGUAUUUGAUCACACUUUCACCUAAAAGGGUGUGUUGCACAUUCUUGCAAUUAAAUUAAAUUAAAUAUGGAUGUCUAUGUGCAGUGAUUAUGGAUUGGUUGUGUGUUAUUUUGAAUAAAGCAUAAUCAAAUCUCAGUAAUGGAUCCUUUCAAACUUUAUUGUAAAAAUAAUAAUAAAAGUAAGGAAACUAAAAUGUUCAA